GUUUAUUGCAAAUUAUUCGUUCGAGAAGUUUAGAAUAGACUGAAUCAGUUAUUCAGUAAAAGUGACUCUCCGGUUUUGAAUAUCGGGAGUUCUUUGCAACUUCGAGUUCAUCAUAACUUAGUCCAUUGAAUUUUAGUUCGCUAUGUAAUCUGUCUGUCUGUAAGAUCUAUCUGUAAGAUUUUUAAAAGAGGUAUUUGGGCAUUAAAUUUUGGACACAAUGUUAAGACUAAUGUUUGCAAAGAAACUGUUAAAACGUUCGGCAAUAGAAUAUUUGUCGUUGUACUCUGUUUCAUUCGCAACAGUUCUAUCAGAAAAUUUCGAAAUGCCGAGCGAAGAUUUUACACCCGAUGAAGUUGUGCAGUUAUGUUGUGAAAUUUCGAUAGCAGAUAAUAUUUUAUACCGAGUUGAUAAACGAAAAAGAAGCUUAUUUAAACGAUCUAGUUCAAUCGAAAAACCAAAUCAACCUGUUCGAAAAACUUCUCAUAUUGCGCAAAACUUAAGUUUAGUGAACGGUAUUCCUUGUAUGAGUAGUUCGCCAGGAUCUACAGGUGCUUUGGAAAAAUAUUCUCAAGAACCGCCAGCUUCGAAACCAACAAACGGACAAAAAACAGAUGUUGAAGGGCUGGAUGGUCGAAAUGUUGUGUCUUUGGCUAUAUUAUGCGAUGAAAAUGGUACUCCCUUUAGAACUUACACCGAAAAUCAAAAUAUUCCAUUGGAAGAAUUCAACUCAACCAAUGAAAUAAUCGUAACGAGAGUUCCUAUCAAAUGUGAUGCUGAAAGUACAACUGAAGAUGAUAACAGAGACCAAGGCGAAGAUCUAAAAUCGGCGGCAUCCUUAUUAUUGGAUCUAGACACAGAACAACGUCUUAAACUCUUAAAAAAACUUGACGGCCCUCUUACUAAAUUACAUACAACCGACUUUAAAACCGCUUCGUCAUUUUUAAAGACAAACAGAUACGCCGAAGCUAAACAAGUCAUCAAAACAGAAAUGAUUAACUUUUUAAUAAAAGAAUCAAAGGUUACAAUUGUUUAAAA